AUGGAUCAAUCCGUCUUCCGAAUCACCAAAGAGUUGAGCGAGCUCCAGAAAAACUCGGAUCUGUCUCUCGCUGUUGCUUGUCGCGACAUCGAUGUCCGCAACGUUAAGGCGCUAAUCAUCGGGCCACACGAGACACCAUACGAGUUCGGCUUCUUUGAGUUUGCCUUCAAGUUCGGCAAAGAGUACCCGCGCAAGUCGCCUCAAGUCACUGCCACCACCACGAACGGGGGCCGUUGCCGAUUUAACCCCAACAUAUAUGCCAAUGGCCGUGUUUGCUUGUCCAUCCUCGGCACUUGGCGUGGGGAGAGGGGUGAAGAGUGGUCGGCCGCGCAGGGCCUCGAGUCGAUUCUGCUUUCGAUACAGAGCCUGAUGUCGUCGAACCCGUACGAAAACGAGCCCGGAUUCGAGGAUGCUAAUGAGCCGUCGGACAAGAAGAAUCAGAAAGAAUACGUGCAAAAGAUUCGUCACGAGACCUUGCGGGUCUCCGUCAUCCAGCGAUUAGAGGAAUACCUCGGAAUCGGAGUUGACGGUCAAGUCACAACACCGAUAACCGCCAAAGACAACUAUGAUCUCGAUAUGGAUGUCUUGGAAGAUGAAUCGACUGUUCCUUUUGAGCCAUUCAAGGAUCUGUGCAAGCGCAGAUUUUUGUGGUAUUACGACUCAUAUUUGGCUACAGUUCAGAAGGGAAAGGAGGAAGUUAAGGAUGGACAGCCGUUUGUUAGAAUGCCAUUCGAGGGCUCAAGCAACACGAUGGAGGGCAAGUUCAACUACACCGAACUCGAGAGACGGCUUCGCAACAUCAAAAAGGCCCUCGAUGCUGAAACCGAGAGUUGGGCUACGCAGGGCCUGGAGGCAAAGGCCAACGACACCACGGUAUCCGUGAACCUCACGAGACAAUACGAGCAAGUCGUCGAGUCGUUCAAGAGAUCCGAUACUCCACACAACCUCGAGCUGUUGGACAACAACCCCUUUGUCUGGCUGCUGACGUAUUUUGGAAAACCCAUGACGAAUCUCGACGGAGGCUUGUUCAGAGUGAAAUUCAGCUUCAGCCCUCGCUUUCCAGAGGAGCAGCCUCGGAUCAAAUUCGAGACUCGCAUGUUUCACCAUCGCAUUUCCCUUGAUGGUACCCCGUGCUACUUCCCAGCCACGAACCGGCGGGAGGAUGCCAAAACUCACAUUGAGGCUGUCAUUGAGGCACUGGAAGAGGAGCAGCCCCCGUACGACCCAAGAACGCUUGUUCACCUCGAGGCAUUCAAGCUAUUUUGGGGGUCCCCCGAUGAUCGCAGAAUGUACAAUCGGCGUCUGCGUCGGUCAGUUCAGCAGUCGAUGGAGGAUCUUUGA